AUGCGCGCAUCACUAGUCAACCAGCUUCGGGUGCUCGUGCCCGUCAAGAGGACCAUCGACUAUGCCGUCAAGAUUCGCGUCGCCUCGGACGGCAAGGGCGUCGACCAGAAUGUCAAGUUUAGCAUGAACCCCUUCGACGAGAUUGCAGUAGAGGAGGCCGUUCGUUUGCGCGAGAAGCACAAGGACGCCAUUUCCAAGAUCACUGUCGUCUCGGUGGGACCACCCAAGACGGCCGAUGUGCUCCGAACCGCGCUGGCCAUGGGUGCGGACGAUGCCAUCCACGUCGAGGUUCCCGACAAGGCGGUCGCCAACCCGCUCGAGCCCCUCGGAGUCUCCAAGAUUCUCAACGAGAUCGUCAAGAAGGCCGGUGAAGAGGAGGAAGUGGGACUGAUCAUCAUGGGCAAGCAAGCGAUCGACGAUGACGCCUCCCAAACGGGUCAGAUGCUCGCUGGCCUUCUCAACUGGCCUCAAGCCACAUAUGCCUCCAAACUCGAGUUUUCGAGCAAACCCGAAAAGGGUGCCGAAGCCACCGUCACCCGUGAGAUCGACGGCGGUCUGGGGAUUGUCAAGACCAAACUCCCCUUUGUCAUGACCACCGAUCUUCGACUCAACGAACCCCGCUACGCCUCGCUGCCCAACAUCAUGAAGGCCAAGAAGAAGCCGUUCAAGAAGUACACCCUCGCCGACCUGGGGUUGGAAGACCAGGUCAAGCCGCGUCAGGAGAUCCUCAAGGUCGCCGAACCCCCCAAGCGCGAGGGCGGCGCCAAGGUCGAGAAUGUCGACGAACUCAUUAGCAAGCUCAAGGAGGCCGGCCGUAUCUGA